UCUCUCUCUGUCUUUCUCUCUCUAUGUGCAAAAUUAAAUAAAGCGGGUUGAGCGUAAAGAUAAAAAAAGUGAAGGGAAUGAUGCUAUGCUUUGUUUUGGUGUGUGAGGAUGGAGUGAAGUGAAGGACCAUCUCAUCCGUUUUUCAAAGCCAAAGCGAGAGCCAAUGCAAAAAAGCACCAUAGUGUUGGAUUGUUUAAUCAGUACACACAUAACCAACAUAACGUAACUAAUUAAUCUCUGUAUCCUCUCUUAGCUAGCUAGCUAGCUUCUCUUUGUUUCGUUGCCUUUUAUCUAUCUACUGUGCCCAAUUAUAUAAUUAAAUGGGGCAGUGCUUCACUAAAUCCCAAAGUAAUAACAGAAUCCCAAUCUCAUAUGAACCCGAUUCACCGCCGCCGCCGCCAAACAGAAGCAAACAAGGCGUGCCAGCAUACCGUCCAGCAAAAUCAGAGGCGGCCUCGUCGUCAUCCAUCAUAGGGAAGGCUUUGACGGACAUAAACGAAUUGUACAGGCUGGAGAGGGAGCUGGGAAGGGGGCAGUUCGGCGUGACGUACCUGUGCACGGAGAAGGCGACAGGAAGACAAUACGCGUGCAAGUCGAUAGCGAGAAGAAAGGUGACGCGGAAGAACGAGAUGGAUGACGUGAAGAGGGAGAUAAUGAUCCUUCAGCACCUGACGGGGCAGCCCAACAUCGUGGAGUUCAAGGGAGCCUACGAGGACAGGCAGCACGUGCAUUUGGUGAUGGAGUUGUGCCGCGGCGGCGAACUCUUCGACAGGAUCAUAGCCAGGGGGAGUUACUCUGAGAGGGAGGCUGCUUCCAUAUGCAGGCAGAUCGUCAAUGUGGUUCAUGUUUGCCACUUCAUGGGUGUCAUGCAUAGGGAUCUCAAGCCUGAGAAUUUCUUGUUGGUUAGUAGGGAUCACAAUGCUCCUUUGAAAGCCACCGAUUUUGGUUUGUCUGUCUUCAUUGAAGAAGAUAAAGUGUACAAAGAAAUAGUUGGAAGUGCAUACUAUGUGGCUCCGGAGGUGCUGAAACGCAAUUAUGGAAAGGAGAUAGAUGUGUGGAGUGCUGGAGUCAUUCUAUACAUUCUCUUAAGCGGGGUGCCCCCAUUUUGGGGUGAAACUGAGAAGCAGAUCUUUGAUGCUAUCUUGGAAGGGAAAUUAGAUCUAGAAAGCGCACCAUGGCCUUCUAUUUCAGCUGCUGCAAAAGAUUUGAUCAGGAAAAUGUUAGCCUAUGAACCUAAGAAACGCAUCACAGCUUCUGCUGCCCUUGAACACCCUUGGAUGAAGGAAGGGGGGGAAGCAUCUGACAAGCCUAUAGACAAUGCGGUUUUAAGUAGGAUGAAACAAUUCAGAGCAAUGAACAAGAUGAAGAAACUUGCUUUAAAGGUGAUAGCACAAAACCUUUCAGAGGAAGAAAUCAAGGGCCUGAAACAAAUGUUCAACAAUAUGGAUACGGAUCGCAGCGGCACAAUCACUUUCGAAGAACUGAAAUCUGGUUUGUCCAGAUUGGGAUCCAAGCUUUCUGAAACUGAAAUAAGGCAGCUAAUGGAUGCUGCUGAUGUUGAUAAGAAUGGAACCAUUGACUAUUAUGAAUUCAUUACUGCCACCAUGCAUCGGCAUAAACUUGAGAAGGAAGAAAAUUUGUAUAAGGCUUUUCAAUACUUUGACAAGGAUAGCAGCGGUUACAUAACAAGAGAUGAGCUUAGACAUGCUUUGACUGAAUAUCAAAUGGGAGAUGAAGCAACUAUUGAUGAAGUCAUUGAUGACGUUGACACUGACAAGGAUGGGAAGAUCAACUACGAGGAGUUCGUGGCUAUGAUGAGGAAGGGGACAUUGGAUAAUGAAGGGGUUAUCGGCAAAGAGAGAACACGAUAAUCUGCUGAGUUCACUCUACUUUUAUGUAAAAUUUGAGAGAACUCAACAUGUAUUACUUUGUAAAGUUGUUUCACGUGAAUACAUUGCAACAUGUACCGAAAAUAAAUAAAACUAUGUCAAGAGUCAAGACAUAUGCUUCAAAGUAA